CAAAACUUCACAGCGCCCGAAUGCCGAUUGUGUUGGGGAUCGACAUUGGCACGACUGCCGUGAAGGCAUGCCUCGUAUCCGGGGAGGCCCACGUCAUGAGCAAUAGCACUGUCGAGUACUCUAUGCAAUGCUUGAGCUCUCCUUUCCCGAAAGGUUCGGAGACCGAUGUCUCCAGCGUCCUGGUCGCUGUCCUGUCGGCCGUGCGAGCGCUAGACUUGCCGCGGUUUCCUCCAACGGCCGUCGCGCUGUGCGGCCAGAUGCAUGGCAUUGUGUGGUGGUCGGCCAAGGACUUGGUUGACGGUGUCAACCAAGUCUUGUCCAGCACGUCCAAGACGGUGCCAACAGCAUGGUCGUCCUUGAUCUCAUGGCAAGAUGGCCGUUGCGACGGCGCAUUUCUUGACGCUUGCCGCAGCCGCGUGCCGGACCACCUGUCUCCGCUGUCGUCUGGUCGGCGAUGUGCAAUAUCUCGCCGUGGCACUCAUCGGGUCGUCCAUUCCAAACAGGUUACGGCAUCGCAACCUUUGCCCAUGUCAUGCAACAUUCUCCAUGCCAAGUCGAGAGAUUCGACACCUGCGGCACCAUCAUGGAUCUUGUGGCGUUUGCAUUGUGUGGCCAUACGAGACCGACGGACGCCACGAUGGACACCACGAAUGCGUUCAGUUGGGGCGCGUUUGAUUCGCAAGCCCAUGCGUGGCCUGCAUCGGCGGUGUCUGCGCUGGGCAUUCCUGUCGACAUCUUGCCCAGAGUCGUGCGACCUGGCUCGAUUGUGGGCAUGAUGGCGAGCCGAACCACCAGUGUAUUUGCCAACGUUAUCGCUGCGUCGAGCAUUCCAGUCUAUGCACCGAUGGGAGACCACCCAUGCUCGGUGCUUGCCUUGCUCCAUGUCCAUCACGUUGUGUCACCCGUCGAAGUAGCGAGUCCGUUGCGUUGUCUAGCGCCGAGUUUGGUCCAACAACGCUCUGUCUCCCGCGUAGUGAUCAACAUCGGCACGUCGGCGCAACUGUCUUACGUAGAAACGCCAUCGUCCCGUCCAGACGACGACGAAAAUCGCCGCGACGGCAACUCGUACAGCUUUGAAAAGCGUCCGUACUUUGGGUCCCAGGACCUCUAUGUCGCUGCGGCGUUGACAGGCGGCAACGUGUUUGCUCGCUUUGUCGCCAACUGUGUCCAGUGGGCGACCGAUCUAGGGGUCCCAUCGACAGCCAGUGACGGCCGCAUGUUUGCCAACGUGAUUGCCAUGGGGUUGCAGCGAACCGACACGGCGCUGACGUGUCGACCGACCUUUGGCGGCGAACGCAGCCAGUCAGCCAACAACACGACGGGCCAACUGUCCAACAUGGCCAUGGACAAUUGGUCGAUUGGAGACAUGAGCGCCGCGAUCGCGAGGGGCAUUGUCACAAACUUGAUCGAGUUGUUGCCAAAACGAAAACAAAUCGAGCUCCGUCGUCGCCGGUUCUGCCCGACUCUGAAACUCGUGGCAAAUCUGAAGCGUGCGGUGUGUAGGGUGCUCGGAAGCGGCAACGCCCUCCUUCGCAAUGCCUUGCUCCAGCAUUUCGUGCAAGCCGAAUUCGCCCCCAACGCGGUUGUGCUGUGCCGAGAGAGCGAUGCGGCGGUGGGAGCUGCACUUGUCGUCCUGCAAUAUGGAGCACCCUCGAUAUAAUACAACAGCCCUCUCCGAGUUGUUCAUUCGGUUGAUUCCAGA